AUGGCCGAUAUGCACUAUAGUUCCGAGUAUCUGAGCAAAAGCCGUGAGAGGGAAUUGGACGACCUGAUUGAGCAGGGUGUCUUUAAGCCGUUGUUCCUAUAUCAGGUUGUGAUGCUCACCAUUUUGCCUCUGAUAGGGCUAGUGAUUCCUCGCAGCAAGGGCGGACAAUAUGUUCGGAAAGGCCUCUUCGUCGUCUUUCUUGCCACUGCAAUGGAGAUUUGGAUGAACCGUCGGGCUACCACUGGAGGAAAUGGCUACAUGGUUGGCCUGAUGACUGCCUGGUGGCUAGUAUGGAAUGCCACGUUGUUUGUGUUUACAGAUAUUGAGCAUGACUUCAGGCGCAUUGAGCGCAAACCUCUUGAUGUACGACCUCAAGGUGGCGCCAAGAUGAAAAACAAUGCUGUCGAAAAGUCACUCCAAUCGAGUAAUCCAACAUGCCAAGGCAGCAGCGACAAGCUUGUUUGGCAGCCAUAUCCCGCAGAAUUCUCGCAUCGUCUUGAUUGGUGCGCCGGUCUAUUCUUCAAUAUGAGAGGACCGGAAUGGAACUGGAGGGCUCCUCAUUUGGGCCCUCUUCCAAAGCCAAUCCAUGCUCAAUUGCAUUCAGGAUUCACCGAGAAAAUCGAAGCACAGGAGCCUUCAUCCUAUCCCAGUGGCAGGGACCGACUGCGGGCAGCCUUUCGGACAUUUUUCAUUUGUUAUCUUGGGCUGGAUAUCCUCAAAGUCAUAGUCCUUAUGCCAGACCCCUUCUUUCGAGGCCUAGCCUCAGCUGAUUCAUCGUCACCAUUCCCAUUCUUCCUGGCAGAUAUCAGCGUCCACCCAGUCUUGGCUCAAUUGUGUCACAACAUUUACUCUGCCCUGGGUGUGUACGUCGCCUUCGAGUGUGUGACAUCACUCAAUCCAAUCUUCUUCCUUGGACUGUCUCUCGCAUUCCCGAAUGGAGCCAAGAAGCUAACCGCGGCUCCGCUCGGUGCUCCAUGGCUGUACUCCAGUACAUUCGGGCCAUUCCUUAUACCAAUCCUCGACCAUGGAUUAGCGGGCUGCUGGGGGCGUUGGUGGCACCAGGUAUUCAGACAUGGGUUCAUGGUCUCCGCACGCUGGAUCUUAUCCUUACUCCCCGUCGGCUUGGCUUCCAAUCGGCAAGUCCGUCGCAUCACGUACCUGAUGGUCGCUUUCUGUCUCAGCGGAUUCGUGCAUGCAUGUGGAAGCCUGACACAGAUUGCUGAGACACGCCCUGUGUCUGGCACAUUCCUUUUCUUUGCUGUACAGGGUGUGGCAAUCAUGGCGGAGCAGGUGUUCAAGACGUCGAUCUUCCCCAAAUUACCGCUCGCGGGUACGCCGAGAUGGCUACGACGAACGGCCAUCUUCGUAUUUGUGUUCUCUUGGCUGAUGGCCUCGGGUGGCCUUAUUGCGGAUGACUUUUCGAAGGGAGGACUGUGGCUCAUGGAGCCCGUUCCAUUCAGCCCACUUCGUGGGUUGGGAUUGGGGUUGCAGGGCCAAAGGUGGGUGUGCUGGAAGGAACCCUGGUUCAAAUACUGGAGUGAUGGUACAUAUUGGGGGAGCGGCAUACGAGUGUUAUAG